AUGUUUAAAAAACUUGUGGCUAAGACACUCCAAAGACACACUUAGGUUAUUAUUCCAUUUAGAAAUAACCAUUUUGGUUCAAGAAUGCCACAACCCAUGAUUUCUAGUCAUAGAUUAAGGUUUUUCAGUGCUUAAAACCAAAAUCAAGGCAAAGACGAGAUAAUGAGAGUUUUGAGAGAACUUAAAGAUGAGUAAGGAAAACCUAUCGAAGAAUUUAAGGUCUUUCACUCAUUGGAAAUUGGACCCGAACCUGGAGUAGUCAAUAUUAAAUUGAAUCUGACUUAGGAUUAUAGAAAGGCAAAGCAACUUAUCCAAGAUAAAUUAAAGAGUGUUGAUUGGGUCACUAAGGUUAAUGUACAAAUGGCACCGUAGGCUUAGACGGCUAAACCAACACAUUAGGGCAAAAAAGGAUUAUAAGGAGUGAAAAAUAUCAUUGCAGUAAGCAGUUGCAAAGGAGGUGUUGGAAAGUCUACAGUGGCAGUAAAUUUAGCAUUCUCAAUGUAUAAACUUGGGUUAAGAGUGGGUAUCUUUGAUGCAGAUCUAUAUGGACCAAGUCUUCCAACUAUGAUUAGUCCUGAUAUCGCUUAGCUUUAUGCUGAUGAGACUGAUCCUAGUUUAAUUGCACCUAUAGAAUUCAAUGGGGUUAAAGCUAUGAGCUAUGGAUUUGCAAGUCAAGGCAAGUCUGCUAUAAUGAGAGGUCCAAUUGCAUCAAAUCUAGUCUCUCAAUUGAUAGGAAAUACCAACUGGGGUGACAUGGAUUAUCUUGUUAUUGAUUUCCCACCAGGCACAGGUGAUAUAUAGAUCACUCUAGGUUAAGAAAUUACCAUAAAAGGUGCAGUUAUAGUAACAACUCCACAAAAGUUAAGCUAUGUAGAUGUUGUAAAAGGCAUUGAAAUGUUUGAUUCACUUAAAGUACCUACUAUCUCAGUAGUAGAAAAUAUGUCCUACUACAAAUGCACAAACUGCGAGACAAAGCAUAAAAUCUAUGGUCUUGGCUAUACAAACCAAUUAAAAACUAACUUUGGAAUAAAAAAUUCUUUCGAGAUCCCUAUUAUGGAGGAAAUAUCAUAAAUGAGUGACUAGGGCACACCUUUCGUUUUAACUCUGCCAGAUAGCUUAGAACUUGUGCAAACAUACAAUCAAAUAGCUAGAUAGGUCGUAAAUGAGGUAGACACUUUGAAUAAAGGAUACUAGGCACCUAAUGUUGUUUACGAUCCAACAAAAGGAAGUAUAAUUGUCAAUCAUUCUGGAGAUAAAGUGAAGCACGUAGAUCCAUAUGAAUUGAGAAUCAAAUGUAAGUGCGCUGGAUGUAUAGAUGAAAUAGAUGGAAGGCAAAUAUUGAAGAUCGAUAAAGUCCCCAAAGAUGUCUAUCCAACAAAUAUUGUACAGAAAGGAAAUUACGCAGUAGCCAUGGUCUGGUCAGAUGGCCAUAAGUCCUCUAUUUAUCCCUUCGAAAGAAUUUUAUCCUCAGAUAUAGCGGAGAAGAAGAUUUGA